AGUUCAGGCCCACUCGCUCUUCCGGCCGUGGGCUGUGACGUCAGUCAGUCUUGACCAUCGUGUUUGAUCGCACAGACGUGCCUACGCCUGCUCACGCCGUUGGAACAGCUGCAUUACUAGCUUCACGAACCCUUUCAAGUUCUGCUGGUGCUGUUCUUGGCGAGUGAAGACCGUGUCCGUCUGUGUGUGUGUGUGAACUGCGGCAUGGAUGUGUGAUGCGCUUUGUGCACGGGAUAUUCACGUAGUGUACGGCUGCAAACUCGCACGAUGGGGCGAUUCUGCGUGCCCAACUGUCGCGGCAACUAUGACAACGGGCCGAAGGUUCGUGUGUUCUCCUUUCCAAAGGACGACCGAAGGGCGAAAUGGGAGCGUGCCGUUCGUCGAGACGACAUCGACAUCCGUUCUCUCCGUGAUGCGAAGGUGUGUGAGCUCCAUUUCAAGCCGCAGUACCUUAGAACGACAACAACAUACACCGAUCCAAGAACCGGCAGGACAAUAGAAGCUCCCAUGCGGGCUACUCGGCUUACUCCGGACGCAGUACCGACAAUAUUUCCCAAUGACCCAAGUUAUUUGAGCGACUACGCACCAAUGCGAGUGGGGCCAGACCAAAAGAGGAAACGCUUAGAAGCAUCCCACCUAGAAAAAGCCAUUCGACAGUCGAUAGCACUGCAUGAGGAAGAAGAGAGCCGCAAUAAGCUGACGUUGUACGAGGACCUCGUAUCGCCCCUGCAGGGACUCGGCCUCUCCACCUACUGGACUACAGUAAAAGCAGAGAAUGCUGUACUGUUCGUGCACAUAAGUGGCGAAGAUCCACCAGACGUCGAAAGAUCUGUCAUUCUUAAUAGGAACAUGGAAAUUACGGCCUUCUGGAGGAAAGUAAAAGUGCCUGCCAAGGACCACCUCAUCCCAGCUACGCUGAACGAUCUGCGCUGCCUUCACACCAUACUUGACCGUAUGAGCAGUUUCAAGGCUCCAGACGUUUGCGACAAGGAGGAAAAAGUGAAAACAACCUUCAGCUUGCUUUUCUCUCUGCUCGACGACAUCAAGUUGGAUGAUCUUUUGCCGCAAGAGAAAACAGAAGCACUUGAUUUCAUAAAGGAGCAUCUUGACCUACUGCACAGAAAGGACCACUCAUUGCGAUACUCUGCAGAGCUUUUAAUAUUCUCAAGUAUUCUACACACUAUUUCCCCACAGGCCUACCGAUUCAUUCGCGGUUCUGGCAAGAUAGCACUGCCACAUCGAUCUACGCUCAUGCGAAUUUGCUCGCAAUAUAACGUGAACCCUGUAAAUGAGCAGAACGAUGAGGGGUGUUUGCGUUAUGUGAAGAAGCGCUCAAGCCUUCUCAAACCACAUGAAAAAAUUGUCACUAUAAUGAUGGACGAGAUUCAUAUUCAGCCGUACUUUGAAUACAAAGGCGGUUGGUUCAGUGACCGUGGCAGCGUCUAA